CUACAAGUUCGUGACAAUUCUAAAGCGUUAUGUUCGUCACUUGUCAAUAUACUCUAUAAUUUAUACUAUCAACGUUUAUUCUACGCAAUUAUAACUGCAAUACAGUCUUCUAAGUACAUAUAUUAGUUAUUUGCAAAUUAUGGCCAGUUUAGUUAGUAGCUCUGGUAAUCUUUAUAAUUUCAAAGUGGUAUUGCUCGGUGAAGGAUGUGUCGGAAAAACUUCUGUUGCAUUACGAUACGUUGAAGACAAAUUUAACGAUAUACAUAUCAGUACAUUCAAGGCUUCAUUUUUAAAUAAAAAGUUGACCAUAAAUGGUAAGAAAGUAAACUUGGCAAUAUGGGAUACAGCUGGCCAAGAAAAAUUUCAUGCAUUAGGACCAAUUUAUUAUAGAACAUCAAAUGGUGCCAUUUUAGUUUAUGAUAUUACUGAUGAAGAUACAUUUCAGAAGGUAAAGAAUUGGGUUAAAGAACUUAAAAAAAUAUUAGGCAGUGAAAUUUGUUUAGCAAUAGCAGGAAAUAAAGUUGAUCUUGAAAAAGAUAGAAGUGUUUCUAUUGAAGAAGCAGAAGAAUAUGCUAAACAAGUUGGGGCUAUGCAUUAUCAUACUUCUGCUAAGCUGAACCAAAAUAUUGAAGAAAUGUUCUUGGAUUUAACACGACGUAUGAUACAACAUGCAGAUGAAGCAGAACAAAAGUCUGCAUUGUCAAGGACAAACAGUACACGUCGCAAUGUUGUUGUAGUUGAAGAUGAAGCAGAAGAAGCAGAACCAGUCAAAAGUUCCUGUUGCGGUGGUUCUUCACAAACAUCUUAA